UCCGCCUCGGUCCUCCCGGCUGAUUUCGGCUGUUUUCGUCCAAGUGGAGGAGGAAAAGAAAAGGAGAGUGGGUAGUCUUCGCCCUCGUGAAGAAGAAGAAGGAAAAAAGUAGUCGACAUUAAAACAUAUCAACACCGGCUGUCAGCGAAAAGUCAAAACCUGAUAUCUGCGAAGUCGACAGCGAGAUUACAUGUACAGGUGUUAUUUUUUUUUUUAAUUAUCAUUUAUAACAGUGUAGUUCUGAUCCAGCACCGUGAGAGAACGAGGUCUCCUCCCAGCCUGUUGACGGACCCAGUUCGGCUCCAGCGACAGAAACUGAGCAGAGUUGUGUUGCGCAGGAUGUCUUCAAAGCCUCACAGCUCCAAUAAUAUUGCCAAUGCCAGGCGAACGGUGCACCAGCUGAGAAUAGAGGCCAGCAUUGAGAGGAUAAAGGUGUCGAAAGCCUCUGCUGACCUCAUGAACUACUGCAGUGAACAUGCCAGAAACGACCCUUUCCUCGUUGGCAUCCCUGCUUCAGACAAUCCCUUCAAGGAUAAAAAACCCUGCACUAUAUUGUAAUGGGAGCCACUUAGCCUUUAUGUGUUUAUUUUGUUUUGUUAUUAAUGUUGCUGUAUUCAUUUUGUUGGGAGGAUUGAGGGGGGGACUGUGAUUAUUAUCAUGACUACAAGUUAACAAAUCAACCAUGAUUUUCUCAAAAGCAGCAAAACUUUGACUACAUGAUGUCUGAUGGCAUCGGGUGCACAAUGUUUUAAAUGUCAAACGUGAACAUUAUUUCCUGACUAUUCUAACAGCAAUGACAAUGAUCAGUGAUGGAUUUGGUCCCUCAUCUGUACACAGUCUCAUCUCCAAUGGGCAGUGACUGUUAUUUGUGUCUCUGGUUUGCCUUAAAUGGAUACAAACAACCAAAGUAACCCUUCUGUCCUUUAAAAUGACAUCAGCUUCAGAAAACAACUGCAUGUUACAGCUCUGCAGUGUUGAUGACUCAAUUCAAGGGGUCUGUGUUUCCACCGAGCUUCUCAGCAGAUGUUACCAUUAAGUAUUGUUGAUUUGGGUACACGAGCCUGUUGUUGUUGAUUACAGUAACUCAAAAGUAUUUUACAGCGUUGCAGCAGCUCUUUCUGAUCAAUGGCAAGCUACAUCCCUCUGAACUCCCACCUUUCCUGUUUGGUCUCUGCAGCAUGAUUGCUUUGUACAGUGUUGUCUUUAGCUGAUUUAAAGAAAACACCAUGUUUAGACAAUUUCCAUGAUGUCAGUAUCAGAUUUUCAAGCUUCUGGAAACUCACCCACAUAUUUGAGACAAAUGGUGAAUCAAGCCCAAAUGAAAAAGGCUUUUUUCUUUCUUUCUCACUGGUCUGGUGUUUUUGUUUUUUCCCAUCCUGCUGUCGGUGGACAUUGGGUGCAGAAUAACAAUGUGUUAAUAGACCAAACCAAACCAAUCCUCCUGCAUUUAUAAGCAUCUCAAUAUUAUCUGAGAGCAUUGCAGGCAUUUACUCAGAAAACACGUCAGUGCAAGGCUGUUUUUUUUUGUAGUAACGGAAAACUUGCUUAACAUAGUGAGUGACAAUUUUUCAUUCAUCACAACAAAUUACCUAGUCGAGUCAAAGUGCACGUCACAGCAAGUACUUCAACACAAGGAUUGGAGGUGCAAAGUGUUUUAGUGACAAAACCGCUCCCAAUGUUUUCCAUGUUCUCCUUCUGUAGUCAACAUUUGUGUGGUUAGUGGGGCUUCAGUCUCACACGUCACCCAGGCUCUGAUCUGCUGAUGAAAAUAUCUGCUGCAGGAAAUUAAGCAAUGACAUUGAGUAGAUAUUACCGAUACAAAUCCUCACUCUAAAGCCUUACUUAUGUCUGCUUGUAUGAUGAAGAACAAUCCUAAAGUGUUUCUUUAAAAAAAAAGAAAAAAUUCUGUCAAAUGUUUUUUUGUGGGAUGAAAGUGAUUUGUAACAAUUUCUUGUGCCAUUUGUUUUGUGUACAUGUAAAAACCUGUCAACUUUCGUUUCACUUACCUGGUGCUCCGCUUCUCAGCAGUUUCUGUGUCGUUGCUUCCUCCAAAGUGUACCCACAGGUCUUCAGGUCAGCAAGAUCUAGCGUAUUGUCAGCUGUGUGUUUCUUAUGGUGUCUCUUGGAGUUGGCUCUUCUCACCUGCAAUAAAUCCCUCCUUCAUGCCUCCACGGGAGAAACUCAGAAAGCCACUGCCACACGUGAUCAUUCCUGUCCAUUCACAGCAACUCUGUAACAGCCUUAUUGUACCAUUGCUGGAUUAAUUUAACAGUCAAGAUCAGCUUUUUGAUAAAUGUCUUUAUUAAUACACCAAUCUUUGUAUGAAGUCCUAACUAAGAUUAAUAAAGUGAAGCAUUCCUAC